AUGAAAAAUGUUAAAGGUCGAACGUACAGCGAAAUUCUCCCAAUAAGAAAAAUAAUGUCGUGGAGGAAAGGAAGAUUUCUCACGGAUGAGGAGCUUUCACGAGCUGCGGAUGAGACAACUAAUGAGUUAUAUGAAUUGCCUAUGGAUAACGCUCUGGUCACGGAUAAAGAAGAUAAUGAAGAUGAGGAUACUAGUAUGCUAGAUAAUGAAAUCGAAGAAGCUGAUACUGAAACUGUUUCGGAUGCAGAUGAUGCCAAACAAUCUACCAGUAAACAAAUAAAUAAAAAUGACGAUGAGGCAGAUUCAGAAGAAGACGUCAGGAAGGAAAUUAGCAAAAUAAACCAAAAAGAAAGAAGAAAGGUUGGGAAAAAAUAA